CCGAACCUGGAUAUUUCGGGGUCCUCCGGUCGCCCUCCACAUUCCCAGGUCCUCCAUCGUCUCUCUCCCCGUCUCUCGUGUCUCUCUCCGUCUCUCUCCACCCCCCGGCGGCUGUUGCCAGCGCUCGUGCUGAAGUUCCGGCCGAGCGGGCGAAGAGCAAGGCAGGGAAGGUGGCGGCCGACAGGGAAAGGGGAGGUGGAGGUGGAUCCGGCUAGGAACGGCGCGGAUCGGAGGAGGUGCCGCCCCGGGCGGCAGAUCUGGAGGAGGACCAGUGCAGCAGAUUCCCGGACGCCGGCGGCGGGGGGCUAGAAGACCGGGCCUGUGGAGGAAGAGGAGAAGGAGAAGGCCGCCCAACCAGGUUAGGGAAGAGGCGCCGUUCAUCUCGGCUGGUUCGUGGAUCCCGAUCCGGAUCAAGGGAUUCAUUUUCAUCGUUGAAGCGCCAGCGACUAAGGAGAAGGGACAUGGAUCAUAUCAUUAGUUAUGCAUACCAAGGUUGCAACAACGAUGAAGAGCGGCAAUCCUUGCAAGCGGCUGCCCAUGCCAGCACUGGGCAGCAGUGGAUGCACCCCAACCCUCAGUUCGGCAUGCCUCAGCAAUUUGGCAGCUACGGAAUGGCUCAUUUUAGGCCUCCAACUGAAGCCGUAAUGCAACAGUCCAUAGAAGGACAUGAAGGGGGGUUGUACAUCCUCCAUCGGUAAAAAGCAAGUCAAAGUCAAGCAAAGUAAUUUUAGUGCAGAUGAGGAUGUACAUUUGACCAAAUGGUGGGUUGCUGUCAGCACAGACCCCGUCAUCAACACGGGCCAGAGAAGGGAGGGGUUCUGGAGCCGGAUCACGAAUGGCUACAACUCUAAUAGAGGGCCACACGUUGAGCAGUCUCUGAAGUCACUGAGCAGUAGAUUUGACCACAUCAAGGAGCAAUGUGCAAAGUUUUCUGACUACUAUACACAGAUACUACAUGUUAAUCCAAGUGGUAUGUCUGAUGCGGACAAGACUACAGAGGCCCUUGCUAGGUUUGCCAGUACACAGAAGCCUUUCAUGUUGAUGCAUUGUUGGAAGAUUCUGAAAGACGAGCCAAAGUGGCAAGACCUUGUUGUUGUUAUGAGCCAAAGUGGCAAGAACAAUGAGCAAGAAGAUGACUGCUAUGUUACAGCUCCCUCCAACCAAGGAGACACUGAAGCUGAACCGUCAACCCCAUCUAGUGGCGGGACCAAGAGGCCACCUGGCCGUGAUUCUUCAAAAGCAAAGAAGUUCUCGUUCAUGAAGGAGCAGCAGGUUGAGAAGAGCAAGCAAAUGGCCGAAUUGGCCAAUCUAGAAAAGGAGAAGCUUGAUAGGCAAAUGGAGUUGGAGGAACGUCGUUUGGCUUUAGAAGCUAGGAGGUUGGCCAAGGAGGAAAGGGUGGAUGAAUCAAGGUUAUUGGCCGAGGAGGAACGCAUUCUUAACAUUGAUCUUGACACAUGCAAACCAUCUCUUAGGGUGUUCUAUAAGGCUCAGCAAGACAAGAUCCUUGCCAAGUACUCGGCGCCAUCUUCUUAA